GCCUGAGGAGGCAUCAUGUAUCUGGGCCACACAAUACUCGCUGCAGGCGCAUUGUUGCUGCGCACCGGCAGGCCUGUGUGCGCCACAGGCACGAGGCCUGUCUUUCUGUCGGGACGGCUCACCAUGCACCUCGCCCAGCUCAACCGCGAGUGUCUCCUCCACCUUUUCUCCUUCUUGGACAAGGACAGCCGGAGGAGUUUGUCCCUUACCUGUCAGCAGCUGCGGGAGGUCUUCCUGGACCCCCGCCUCUGGACUCUGCUGCACUUCAGCUCCCCGAGUCAGCUGACCAGGGACAACUUCGUGCUGGGCCACUCUCUGCGCUACCUGGCGGUGCGCUGGUACUCCAGCAGGGUCCUGCAGGUGUGCAACAUCGAGGACUGGUUGAAGAGCUCCUUUCAGAGGGACAUCUGCAGUAAACAUGAGGGCCUGGUCAGCACCUUCCUGGCUCAUGUCUGCCAUAUGUGUCCCAACCUGCUCUGGCUGGCCCUGUCUGGCUGCGGACACAUCACUGACCAGGAUGUGAUCUCUGUGCUGCAGAGCUGCAGGAAGCUGCGCCGCCUCCACCUGGAAAACUGCGUUCGCAUCACAGACCGCAGCCUGGAGGGUGUGGCGGCUCAUGGAGGCAGACUGGAGGAGGUGACGGUAGACUUCUGCAGGAACAUCACUCAGGCAGGGCUGCAGGCUGUCAGGGAGAGGAGGCCGGGCAUCCGGCUGAGCGCAGAGAGGAGCGCUGAUAUGAUCCCAGACAGCAAGCCAGAGGAUAGGGGGCCAAUCAGGAGGACACUGCAGAAACUCCUGCAGGUCGCCUGAAGGAAAUGAUGGACCAAAGAUGACAAUUUCUGUAACUUUUGGGCUUAUUUAAAGACUUGACUGAGAUGGUUUUGUUCUGAUUUAUACCCAUAUUUAAGGUUUGGGGUUUUUUUUUUACCCUUUUUUUUAUACUUUUUAUACAACUCAUGCUGAAUAUGAGUCUUACAGUGACAGUGCUUUUUAAUGUCUCUGUUCCAUGAAUUCCUGACAAUCAAGUCUUAUACUGCAUAGACAGGUGGCCUAAUCAAUCAUUGUCAGUUGAAAUGGUGCAAUUUUAUGAUUCCAUUCUUAAAGGAAAAGUUUUUUUCAUUUUCGUAAAUAUUCUUCUUCACCUUCUUGCUGAGCGUUAGAUCAGACUGUAAUUACUAAAAUCACAUCUAUAUGGUUGAUGUAAGACUGGAUGUUUCCCCUUGAAAAAAGGCCAUGAGCAACUGUCAUAGGUGACAAGAAAAAGGUUUUGUUUUUUUCUUUAAAGAGGACAAUUUAAAUAAUUAAUUUAAAUAAUUUAAUUUUAACUCAUUUCCUGCUUAUUUUGGGUCUGUGUCUUCUUAGGUUGCUCAUUGCUUUCUAUCCAUAUUUUUUGAAAGAAGUCACACCGGUUUGCUCAGGUUUUAAAGGUUUAAGAUACCUGGAUCCAGCAUUAGAGGUGUGACCCUUUUCAUUCCUAUGAGAGUUGCUCAGUGGUGCAUGAAGCCAAAAAGAAAAAUCUCUAUUUCCAUUGUUUUUGUAGGAGUUGUAAUGUUCAAAAAAAUGAAUCCAGUGAUUUACAAACAUUUUUUUUCCCCAUUGUAAGCGUUUGGGAAAAUGCCUUUUUGGCUGGCUGCAUAAACCCCACCUAGUCAACGUUAAUAGUGCACGUCAGACACAUUUUUCCCAAGAUGGUUUCUGAUAUUUUAGGUACUUCCUACAAGCUGAUGAAUGUUGGAGUGUUUUCAGAUAAGUUUGGAUUUAAUAAGUGAUUUGUUGCUAUACAAAGGGGGUGUGACGUCAUGAUUGACAGCUUUGUUAUUUUGCUCAUAAUUAAGUAGGUCACUGUAUACUAGAACUUGAUACUGUGGUUCCAUUUUCUGAUCACUACUGCGCAGACUCUGACUCCAAAUGAUGUAACUAGUGCAAGAUUGCAGCACCUGCAUCUGGCAUAUUUUCAUUUUGGCUGCAAUUUUGUACAAGAGAGGAAGUAGAGAUGCACUGUCCAUGUUUUUCUCUCUGUGUCUAUGGUUUAGAUGAGAGAGUGCAAUAACAGAAGGCAAAGAAGCAUAUUUCCCAAAAUGUCAAACUAUUCCUUUAAUAGCAUUAAGUUUUAAUUAACACAUUGCACUCCUCCCCUAGAGGAGCUAUACACACCUGUACAGUACAAUAAGCAAAAGGCGCGUGGUUGCUGUGUUUGCUGUGUCUCUGUCAUGAUAAGACAUGUCAGAGCUGGAAGAAUGGGUUUCUCUGAGGGCAACAUGGCCCUGUGCCUGUGAUUGGAAACAUGUUAUAUAAGACUGUCAGACAUAUGAAACUGGGUUGAUUAGGGGAGUGUGUUGGUCUGUAAAGGCAAUGUGACAAAAUGUAUUACAGGCUGUUGCUGCAGGGGGCUCCUGGUCCUCUGAGCGCAUCUCUGAAGAAUGACCACAGAUUUUCACACAAGGUGGAUUUAAUGAAAAACAAGCUUUUCUCAAUCCCACCAGGAUGUGUGCUCAGAUAUUGUUGUUAAGCUGGAUGUAGCAAAUUUUCAGUUUCCGUUUGAAACAUCAUAAUACUGUGUUUUUUUCUGUUGACUGUGUUUUUUGCUCAGCAUUUGGGGAUUUUCCAUCGCUCUGUGAUGGACAAUAAAGUUUCCAAAUGUAA